AUGCCUGGGCUGGAAGGACCAGCUCCCCGUCGUCUAUGGGCUGAUUGCACUGGUGUCGGUUUUGGACACCGCAACUGUGGAAUUACUGUGAUACCUAACGCCGCAUACCUCAAGGAGAGGAUGGAGAUGGCGAAGAAGACGAAGCCCAGGAGUCCAUGGCUGGCAAAUUGGUCCGACAAGGUCUGGCCCAGAAGGCCAGAACUGGCGAGUAACUUGAGAAGCGCUUGUGGGAAGUAUGGUCUUGGAAAAUAUACCCAUACUGACCAAGAGCGUCUCUCUAGCCAGCAACCAGACGGCCAGGCAGACCACCCAGCACCAUCGGCUUCCUCGCCUGACCGUUCUCUGCGACACCGCAGUGGCGGAGGCGCUCGAUCAGAACGUCCCGUAGGAGCAGGUGAUAGCCACUCCGGCACGGGGGCUCGCAUUCGUCGCGCCUCAGGGCCUGCGUGUCAUCCACCAGCCCCGCGACGUCAACUCGGGGAUAACUGA